UGGACUUCCGGUUGCUUGACCGCAGCAGGUGGUUGAAAAAUACUUAAAAGCUUACUAUUGCUACAGACGAUUAAAAAAUGACUAUUUCAACAUUAUUUUGGAAUAAGAUGUGAACUCAAAGUUUCUUAAGGUAAUGAUAUGAUAAAGAAAGGGAGAGGAAUAAACUGACUUCAGAUGGCAACAGCAGACGCUCAGCAACACAAGCCGAGUAGUAGACGUAGCAGCCGUAGGAAUCAACCAUCUCCACCGGAUAAUGAAUUUAUACCCAACAACAUGACAGAAACAGCAGUUACUACUGUAGACGGUCAUAGACCCCAUCACCAUCAUCAUCGCACUCAUAGCAACACAGAAAAAAGUAAAACAAAAUCACGACCAACCAAACAGUUGGACUUUGAUCAGGCAAUGGCUGAUUUCAAAACAAUGUUCCCGACAAUGGACUGUGAGAUUAUUGAGGCAGUACUAAGGGCAAACGAUGGUGCUGUAGAUUCAACAAUUGAUCAGUUGUUAACAAUGAGUAUAGAUACAGAAGGCAAGGAAUCCCCAAUAGAGAUCCCUCCUGAUCUUAUAUCAGCAGUGGAAGACGAUUGCCCAUUGUAUAAUGAGCACAGGAGUGAAGAUUCUCCUCCGUCUUAUACUGAAGCUGUUUCAACAAACAUCUGGACAACACCUAUAUCUAGUCAGGAGAGCAAAAACACAUCAAAGACACGGUCUCAUUCAAUGUCAUCAAAAGCUCAUAGAAAAUCACACAGGUCACAACGUAGCAAGAGUUUGUUUGACCCAGAUACUGAUGAACUGUCUCUGUCUAAUACUGAACCUAAACGACCUCCGUCUUCCCAGAUUACUCAUAAUACACCCGUUAAAACCGGUUUCCGUAACUGGAACCCACCCAUGCUGGGUAACUUGCCAGAUGACUUUUUACGAUUGAUUCCACCCUCUGAAACACCGAGGUCAUUUUUAGACCCUAAUAUUGACUUAAAUGAAAAACCUAGAGUGCACCACAGAAGGAGUAAGCAUGUUAGUUCAAGGUCAAGUAGUGAAAGGAAAAAACUGUCACAAAGCGUUCUUACAGAAGAUAACAGUACAAGACAGACCAAACUGUCUCGGAGCAUGAGUGAGAGAUCGCCUAUUGAACCGCUUCUUAGAACUAGGAGUACAGGAAUGCCUUUGACCAGUCAAUCAUUAAUAAUAUCUUCACAUGAGUUUACGCAAGGUAUGCUGGAUAAGAAAAUGAAGGAGAAUGAGAGACGACGUCGUACAGCUGUGAUGAAUGCAGACCCUGAGAUGUCACAAUAUUUAGAGGACGAGAGACUUGCCAUUAUGUUACAGAACAGCGAAUUUCUACAGGAACUCAGAGGGAAUGAGGAAUUCAUGCAGACAUUAGAAAAAGAACGAAUCAGGAAUCAAAGUAAAUCAGAGCGGAAGAAGAAAUCACCCAGCCGUGACUCUACAGAGAGUCGGAAGCAUGGUCCUCUUACAGAGCAGUUAGAAAUGUGGAAAAAGUCACAUGAAGUACCAGAGGAACCUCGACUUCUUCCCAUCCCUCAACAGGAAGACAGACAUGACUGGUCAGCUGAGGUACCACUAGCAGCAACAUCUGAUGUUAGACUGUCCUUUAAUGAUGAUGAUAGAGUUUCUAUAGAAGGUUAUGGAGAUGAUAGACAACAGCAGCUAGAUGCCUUCCCUUUUAGUCAGCCAAUACCACAAGGAGACGAUGAUGCAGAAUUAAGACAUAAACUGAAAGACAUGGGAGGAGCAUCAAGAAAACAGUUUAUGGCGUUGGCAAGAAAAUUUUUCUCAAGAAAAAAGACAAACAAAAGAACACUUAAACAAAUACAGAAAGAGAAACUGGCGCCCUCUAUGAUGAAUCUGCUGAAUAGUGAUGAGGAAGGUUUUAAUGAGGAGGAGCAUAUCAACAAUAGUAAACCUUACGACCAAGAACCAGAAAUUGAACCCUUGGUAAUUAUUUGUAUAUUUUAAAUAUGCUAGAAACAAAAAAUAUUCAACAUCUUAUCAAAAUGAGAGCAGAAAAGAUAUUUCACAAUGCUAAAAUGCAUAAAUAAAGAUAACAGGA